AUGGGGAAAGGGGUUGGGCGGGAGUAUUCACCAGCGGCAACCACCUCCGAGAAUGGCGGUGGCAAGAAGAAGCAGAAGGAGAAAGAGUUGGACGAGCUGAAGAAGGAGGUGAACCUGGACGAUCACAGGCUGUCCCUGGAUGAAUUGGGCAGGAAAUACCAGGUGGAUCUGUCCAGGGGUCUGACCAACACCCGCGCAGCCGAGAUCCUGGCACAGGAUGGCCCCAACGCCCUCACGCCCCCCCCGACCACCCCCGAGUGGGUCAAGUUCUGCCGCCAGCUCUUCGGGGGCUUCUCCAUCCUGCUGUGGAUUGGCGCCAUCCUCUGCUUCCUGGCCUACAGCAUCCAGGCCGUGAUGGAGGACGAGCCGGCCAACGACAACCUGUACCUGGGCGUGGUGUUAGCUGCUGUGGUCAUAGUCACCGGCUGCUUCUCCUACUACCAGGAGGCCAAGAGCUCCAAGAUUAUGGAUUCCUUCAAAAACAUGGUACCACAGCAAGCCCUGGUGAUCCGGGAGGGCGAGAAGAUCCAGAUCAACGCCGAGAACGUGGUGGUGGGAGACCUGGUGGAGGUGAAGGGGGGAGACCGGGUCCCUGCUGAUCUGCGCAUCAUCUCCUCCCACGGCUGCAAGGUAGAUAACUCCUCCCUGACGGGCGAGUCGGAGCCACAGACCCGCUCCCCCGAGUUCACCCACGAGAACCCCCUGGAGACCCGCAACAUCUGCUUCUUCUCCACCAACUGUGUGGAAGGCACUGCCCGGGGCAUCGUCAUCUCGACCGGGGACCGCACAGUGAUGGGCCGCAUCGCCUCGCUGGCUUCGGGGCUGGAGGUGGGCCGCACCCCCAUCGCCAUGGAGAUCGAGCACUUCAUCCAGCUCAUCACCGGGGUGGCCGUCUUCCUGGGCCUCUCCUUCUUCAUCCUCUCCCUCAUCCUCGGCUACACCUGGCUGGAGGCCGUCAUCUUCCUCAUCGGCAUCAUCGUCGCCAACGUCCCGGAGGGGCUCCUGGCAACCGUCACGGUGUGUCUGACCCUCACCGCCAAGCGCAUGGCGCGCAAGAACUGCCUGGUGAAGAACUUGGAGGCAGUGGAGACGCUGGGCUCCACCUCCACCAUCUGCUCCGACAAGACGGGCACCCUGACCCAGAACCGCAUGACGGUCGCCCACAUGUGGUUCGACAACCAGAUCCACGAGGCUGACACCACCGAGGACCAGUCCGGUGCAACCUUCGAUAAGCGCUCACCCACCUGGGCGGCCCUGGCCCGCAUCGCCGGCCUGUGCAAUCGAGCCGUCUUCAAGCCAGGCCAAGAGAACGUCUCCAUCUCCAAGCGGGACACAGCGGGCGACGCCUCUGAGUCGGCCCUGCUCAAGUGCAUCCAGCUCUCCUGCGGCUCGGUCAAGAAGAUGCGGGACAAGAACCCCAAAGUGACAGAGAUUCCCUUCAACUCCACCAACAAGUACCAGCUCUCCAUCCACGAGCGUGAGGACAAUCCCGAGGGCUACUUGCUGGUGAUGAAGGGCGCGCCGGAGCGCAUCCUCGACCGCUGCUCCACCAUCCUGGCGCAGGGCCAGGAGCUGCCCCUGGACGAGGAGAUGAGAGACGCCUUCCAGAACGCCUACCUCGAGCUGGGCGGGCUGGGGGAGCGAGUGCUGGGCUUCUGCCACCUCAACCUGCCCCAAGACAAGUUUCCCCGGGGGUUCAAGUUUGACGCGGACGAGGUCAACUUCCCCACCACCGGCCUGUGCUUCGUGGGGCUCAUGUCCAUGAUCGACCCGCCCCGGGCGGCUGUGCCGGAUGCGGUGGGCAAGUGCCGGAGCGCAGGGAUUAAGGUGAUCAUGGUGACCGGCGACCACCCCAUCACCGCCAAGGCCAUCGCCAAGGGCGUGGGCAUCAUCUCCGAGGGCAACGAGACGGUGGAGGACAUCGCGGCCCGGCUCAACAUCCCCGUUACCCAGGUCAACCCCAGGGAAGCCAAGGCCUGUGUGGUGCAUGGCUCUGACCUCAAGGACAUGACUCCGGAGCAGCUGGACGAGAUCCUCAAGAACCACACGGAGAUUGUCUUUGCCCGCACCUCCCCCCAGCAGAAGCUCAUCAUCGUGGAGGGCUGCCAGAGGCAGGGGGCCAUCGUGGCCGUGACAGGGGAUGGUGUGAACGACUCGCCCGCCCUGAAGAAGGCCGACAUCGGCAUCGCCAUGGGCAUCGCCGGCUCCGACGUCUCCAAGCAGGCGGCCGACAUGAUCCUGCUGGACGACAACUUCGCCUCCAUCGUGACAGGGGUGGAAGAAGGCCGCCUGAUCUUCGAUAACCUCAAGAAAUCCAUCGCCUACACGCUGACCAGCAACAUCCCCGAGAUCACCCCCUUCCUGCUCUUCAUCAUCAUCAAUAUCCCGCUGCCCCUGGGCACUGUCACCAUCCUCUGCAUCGACCUGGGCACCGACAUGGUCCCCGCUAUCUCCCUGGCCUACGAAGCCGCAGAAAGCGACAUCAUGAAGAGGCAGCCGCGGAACCCCAAAACGGACAAGCUGGUGAAUGAGCGACUCAUCAGCAUGGCCUACGGGCAGAUCGGUAUGAUCCAGGCCCUGGGCGGGUUUUUCACCUACUUUGUGAUCUUGGCGGAGAACGGGUUCCUGCCGUCCACCCUGCUGGGCAUCCGCCUGGACUGGGACGACCGCUCCAAAAACGACCUGGAGGACAGCUACGGGCAGGAGUGGACCUACGAGCAGCGCAAGGUGGUGGAGUUCACGUGCCACACGGCCUUCUUCGCCAGCAUCGUGGUGGUGCAGUGGGCCGACCUCAUCAUCUGCAAGACCCGGAGGAACUCCGUCUUCCAGCAGGGCAUGAAGAACAAAAUUCUGAUUUUCGGUCUCCUCGAAGAGACGGCCUUGGCCGCCUUCCUGUCCUACUGCCCCGGCAUGGGGGUGGCGCUGCGGAUGUACCCGCUCAGGGUCACUUGGUGGUUCUGCGCCUUCCCCUACAGCCUGCUGAUCUUUGUGUACGAUGAAGUGCGGAAGCUGAUCCUGCGGCGCUAUCCUGGUGGCUGGGUGGAGAAGGAGACGUAUUACUGA